GACCGCCUCUCGCGGGCCGACGUCGCGGCCCGCGGGUGCCUGCUCGACAACUUCCCGCUGACGCUGGAGCAAGCCGUGGGCCUGCAGGAUCAGAUCCCUGUUGACCGCUUCAUCUACCUGGAGGUGCCCGACCUUAUCCUUGUCGAGCGCGCCGUCGGCAGGCGCCUGGACCCUCAGACGGGGCGCAUCUACCACCUGAAGUCCAGGCUGCCGCCCCCCGAGAUCCAGGACCGUUUGGUGCUCCGACGAGACGACGCGCCUGAAGCGGUGCGGACACGGCUCGAUGUUUUCAACGCUCACAUGAGGGCAAUCUUGGACUUCUGGCAGGGUCCUGUCUACAAGGUGGACGGCCUGAGGUCCCCCGACGAGGUGCUCGGGGCCGUUGCGGAGUGCUUGGACACCCUCGAGUGGAGCACGGACGAGAACCCCUAUCCAUCACGGCCCCUUCGAUGA